CUUCGGUUCAAACAUUCAGUGGAAACUCUGGGCCUGUUUGCCCUGGGGCAGAGAAGAGAAACGCUGCCCCUUGGCACAAACUGGACCAGGACCACCCCUGGUGCCACUGGGAGCCUGACAGCAAUUUCGUGCAAGCUGUUGGGAAGCAUUGUGAAAGUAUUGGACCUGGAUAACAAAUUCAAGCAAUGCCAUCUUAAGUGGGAACGCCCCUGACCUCGACUUUUUUAACAGUCAGCACGCGAAAAGCUGCAAAUCAGUGGUCAGCACCUUGAAAACCGAUGGGGUGGAAGAGGAUUCUGCCACAGAGUGUGAAGAUGGCAUAUCUACAUCCCUCAGAAAAAGAAGACUUGAGACAGGUGGAUCAGAAAAGAGGAAAAGGAACAAAGAACUGGAAACAGUAUGUGACAUUUUUGCCAACACCAAAGAUGAAGAUGGCAUAAUGUUGAUGUCCUCGCUGGAAAGGAAGAUCAAGAGUAAUACUGUCAGUAGGGGCACAGAACCCAGUGCUGAGAAACUGGAACAUCAACAACGAGAAAAGAUAAAUAAGUUCCGACGUAAGCAUCGGAUUUACGUGGAUGGAACUGAUAUUCCUGAACCAGUUGCUACCUUUGAGCAGCUCCUACAAGAAUAUAAGGUGCACCCAAAAAUUAUCCAGCACAUACAGGAAGCUGGGUUCCAAAUACCCACCCCUAUACAGAUGCAAGCCAUACCCAUCAUGCUACAUAAUCGUGAAAUCCUGGCCUGUGCCCCAACUGGAUCAGGAAAGACAUUGGCUUUUUGCAUUCCACUUUUGACUUGCCUAAAACAGCCAAUGAACAAGGGUUUCAGGGCACUGAUAUUAUCUCCUACUCGUGAGCUUGCCAGCCAGACUCAUCGGGAACUAGUAAAACUCUCUGAAGGUGUUGGGUUCAGAAUUCACAUGAUCAACAAAGCAGCUGAGGCUGCCAAAAAGUUUGGCCCUAAGACAUCAAAUAAAUUUGAUAUUUUGGUGACUACUCCAAACAGACUGAUUUAUUUGUUAAAACAGGACCCCCCUGCUCUGGACCUCAGCAGGGUGGAGUGGCUGGUUGUUGAUGAAUCGGAUAAGUUGUUUGAAGAUGGCAAAUCUGGAUUCCGAGAUCAGUUGGCCACUAUUUUCCUGGCGUGUACAUCUCACAAUGUGCGGCGAGCUAUGUUCAGCGCAACAUUUGCAUUUGAUGUGGAGCAGUGGUGCAAACUGAACUUGGACAAUGUGGUAUCUGUGUCGAUUGGAACAAGGAAUUCUGCUGUGGAGACCGUGGAGCAGGAGUUACUUUUUGUGGGUACUGAAACUGGGAAACUGCUGGCAAUGAGAGACCUGGUUAAAAAGGGCUUUUCGCCUCCAGUGCUAGUUUUUGUUCAGUCUAUUGAAAGAGCAAAGGAACUCUUUCACGAGUUAAUCUACGAGGGCAUUAAUGUUGAGGUUAUCCACGCAGAAAGAACACAGCAACAGAGAGAUAAUGUAGUGUGCAGCUUCAGAGCAGGAAAAAUUUGGGUGCUUAUUUGCACUGCACUCAUGGCUCGUGGUAUUGAUUUUAAAGGAGUGAAUCUCGUCAUCAACUACGACUUUCCAACUAGUGCUGUUGAGUACAUUCAUAGAAUAGGACGUACUGGAAGAGCUGGUCAUCAAGGAAAGGCUAUUACAUUUUUCACUGAAGAUGAUAAACCACUUUUACGGAGUAUAGCGAAUGUUAUCAGAAAGGCUGGCUGUCCUGUACCAGACUACAUGAUGCAAAUAAACAAACUGCAAAGUAAACAAAAGAAAAGGUUGAUCAAAAAUCCAAUCAAACGAGCAGGCAUCAAGACCACACCAAAAUACUUCCUCGAAAAGGCAGCCAGGAAGAAAAAAAUGAUUCAGAAGAACAAGAAAAAAGAAAAACCUAAUACAAGUCUGCCAGCCACCACGGCUUAACAAGGCUCCACUUUACAGCUCAUGCAGCAGUGCCAAGAAUGGUCAGGAUUGCCUAGUCUCAUGCCUUGAAAAGCAGAGCAUCUGAAAGCCAUGUCCAGAUCACCACAAAAUUAUGCUGAACAGUGCUAUUGUUUACAUUUUUGUAUUUUAAAAAAAUUUGAUGUUUAUCUAAAAUUAGUAUUUUUUUUAUAAAUAUUCACGAGCAUAGUGAUGUUGGUGUGAUACUCCAACUGUGGUUUCUUGUAUUUUUUGUUUGAACUUUUAAAAAUAAUCAGUAUUUAUAUAUCAUGCAACUAUUGUGGGAGUGAGGAUGUGGUCUUCAUACACACUGAAAUUGGUAAUUUUUGAUACAGGAAGCUGCAGUUUAAAUACUUUAAAUUAUUUCUCAAGAUUUUAUUGUAUGUAAGUUACUCUAACGGAUACAGUUACAUAUAUAACAGUGUAGGCAAUAAAUAUCAGGCAUAAUUUAAGGUAAAGUUUAAAUAAAUGCUUGUGGAGUAAUUAAUCUUCAACAUAAAAAUCAUGAUUUGUUUUAUAAUUAAGUCUAGUGUUAAUGGAAAGAGCAAAAGUUCUUGUCAAUACUUAUCUUUAUCUCAUUGUUUGAGAUGCAGUAUUCUAUAAAAUUAAAAAUGUGUAUUUCAUAAUUGA